UUCCACGCUUACCCUUUCCAGCCGACUCAAAUACUCCGCUUGGCUGCCGAGAAAGCUCGGGAAAAGAAACGAAAAAUCCAAUAAAGCCCAAACCCUAGAUUACAUAUCCUCUCGCAGCGACACUGUGAAAACACCCAAUUCGAACCGAUCAAUAAAAUCAGGUGAAAAUGGCGAGCUAUCUAUGGAGGAAAUACGCAGACUACGUUUACACCAAGUGGGAAAGGAUGAUUCUUUGGAACAUGGUGGAGCCCUACAGCAGACCCAAAUCGUUCACUCCAUUGGUCACCAUCUACGUCGCCGCUUUCUACACCGGGGUCAUUGGUUCUGCUAUCACUGAGCAGCUUUACAAGGAAAAGUACUGGGAAGAACAUCCUGGGCAGGCAGUGCCUCUUAUGAAGCCAAAGUUUUACGGAGGACCGUGGAGGGUGCAGCAAGGAGAAGUCCCAGCCACUCAGUGAGUCAUAGACGAGUCGAAGAAAUUGUUAAACGAGCUUCUACUAUUCUGUGUCAUGUUUCUGUUGAUGAAUGUCAACCGUUUAGGCUUCUUUGUCGAUUUGAAAGGUCUCCUGUGUAUGGAACAAUCGUCACCGUCCAUUUCAGCUGAACCAUUUUUUGUACAUCCGAUGUUAUAAAUAAAACAUCUUAUAUAAUUUUGUAACAAAAACAUCAUGUGAUCAAUAAAAACUUGCUUAAACAUCAA